AUGAGAAUACUCGGAGAGACGGGGUUGCUGCCUAUGGCCGAGUAUGGAAUAGACAGCCCGGGACGUGACCAUCUGGGAGACAGAACUCGUUGGGUUGUGAACCGUGGAAACGGCGAUCCAACGGGAUGUGACUGUCUGGGAGAUGGAACUCGGGUAGUGAUGUUCUAUCUCGCGUGCCUGUGUGGCUGUGAGAUAGGUGUUCACGGGAACCUUAGGCCGUGGCCAAGAGGGUCGAGCUCGCGGGACGGGCUGACCUGGACUGUGAUGUGUUCUUCGUCCGGGACGGCCUAUCCAGCAAACCUCGGCAAAUUGUGA